AUGUUCAGCAGCAACAAGAUCUUCGCCGUGUGCAUCGCUGUCGUGGUGUUAUCCAAUGGCGUACACGCUGAGAAGGAAGUCGCCGAGACGCUGGACCAUGGAUUGGACGUCAACGCAGGUGUCGGUGUCGGCGGAGGUGUCGGCGGAGGUGUCGGCGGAGGUGUCGGCGGCAGUGUUGGUAUCAACGGCGGAGUUGGCGGCGGUGUCGGUGCUGGCGCCGGUGUAGGUGGCGUUGUCGGUGUCAAGAGCAGUGUCGGCGGCAGUGUUGGUGUCAACGGCGGAGUUGGCGGCGGUGUCGGUGCUGGCACCGGUGUAGGUGGCGUUGCCGGUGUCAAUAGCAGUGUCGGCGGCAGUGUUGGUGUCAACGGCGGAGUUGACGGCGGUGUCGGUGCUGGCACCGGUGUAGGUGGCGUUGCCGGUGUCAAGAGCAGUGUCGGUGUUGGCGGAGGUGUUGGCGGAGGUGUCGGCGGCAGUGUUGGUGUCAACGGCGGAGUUGGCGGCGGUGUCGGUGCUGGCACCGGUGUAGGUGGCGUUGUUGGUGUCAAGAGCAGUGUCGGUGUUGGCGGAGGUGUCGGCGGCAGUGAAGGUGUCAACGGCGGAGUUGGCGGCGGUGUCGUUGCUGGCACCGGUGUAGGUGGCGUUGUUGGUGUCAAGAGCAGUGUCGGUGUUGGCGGAGGUGUCAGAGGCGGUGUCGGUGUUGGCGGAGGUGUCGGUGUCGGCGGUGGUGUAAGUGGCGGUGUCGGCGGUGGUGUUGGCGUCGGUGUCGGCGGCGGUGUCAGAGGCGGUGUUGGUGUGAACACCGGUGUCGACGGUGGUGUCGGCGGUGGUGUCAGAGGCAGUGUUGGUGUAAACACCGGUGUCAACGGUGGUGUCGGCGGUGGUGUCGGUGUUGGUGUCGGUGUCGGCGGGGGUGUCAGAGGCGGUGUCGGUGUUGGCGGAGGUGUCGGUGUCGGCGGUGGUAGGCGGUGUGGGAAAACGGUGUCAACGGUGGUAUCGGUGGUGGUGUGGCGCGGUGUCGGUGUUGGCGGAGGUGUCGGUGUUGGCGGUGGUGUAAGUGGCGGUGUCGGCGGUGGUGUUGGCGUCGGUGUCGGCGGGGGUGUCGGUGUUGGCGGGGUGUCGGUGUGCGGGGUGUCGGGGGUGCGGGGUUGGCGGGGUGUCGGUGUUGGCGGUGUGUGUGCGUGUCGCGGUGGUGUUGGCGUCGGUGUCGCGCGUGUCAGAGGCGGUGUUGGUGUAAACACCGGUGUCAACGGUGGUAUCGGUGGUGGUGUUGGCGUCGGUGUCGGCGGGGGUGUCAGGGGCGGUGUCGGUGUUGGCGGAGGUGUCGGUGUUGGCGGAGGUGUCGGUGUUGGCGGUGGUGUAAGUGGCGGUGUCGGUGUUGGUGGCGGUGUCGGAUAUCGUGCGUCGAAUUAG